AUGUUUUCUCAGGUGGUGAGCCCAUACAUCGACACUAUCAAAUCGGAAAACUUCCAGUACAAGCGGUCCCCUGCCCAGCUACAAGGCGGUUUCACGUGGCGACUGGAGUUUGGCUGGCGAGCUGCCACGGUAGGCAGGGAAACAGUCAUGGAAACACAACCUAUUCUCACGCCUGUGAUAAGUGGAGGGCUGUUUGCUGUACGUCGUGAAUACUUUAUGGCCAUGGGUGGCUACGAUCCCCAGUUUAACAUAUGGGGAGGUGAAAAUUUUGAACUCUCAUUUAAGACAUGGAUGUGUGGAGGAAGUGUGGAAAUUGUGCCUUGUUCAAGAGUUGGUCAUGUUUUCCGUGCGUCACUCCCUUACACUUUCACUGGAGACAGAGAGCAGACGGUACUGAGAAAUCUGGCAAGGGUGGCCAGUGUUUGGAUGGAUGAAUACGCUGAUAUCUUUUAUGCUGCUGUG